AUGGAUCUAAAAAGUGCUGGAAAUGUUUGGGAUGCUUUGAACGAUCUAUACAAAAAUGAUAAACAGUUAUAUGAUAAGUUCAUGAAAAAACAUCUAAAUGAAAUAAAUGAUUCUAAGCCUAUAAAACCAAAAUAUUGUUUUUGUAUUUGUACAAAUGUAGAAAAAGUUUCUAUAAAGACUUCAAUAAAUGAAUAUAAAGAAAAGGUAUGUGAUUAUUUUAUUUAUAUAUAUCAUACAAAAAAAAUAAAAUCACCAAUUCUUUCCACUGAUUUUAUUGAAAAUGUAAAUAACUUAAAUUUUGAUAACAUAUAUAUAAGUACAUCAAAAGUUAAAGGUGAAUCAUCUAAAGAUAUGUAUGCAGAAGCUGUUAUACAUACAAAUAUUUAUAAAAAUAUGAAUAACAUAAAUUUUAAAAAUAAAAUUAUAACUCGAAUAUUGGAAAUUAUAUAUAACUCUGAAAGGGCUAUUAGAAAUGAUAUAGUUAUAAAUACAAAUUCAUUUCAUUUUAUUGAUUUAAAUUAUAUUCCAAAAACUACACAUUAUUUAAAUACGAAAUAUUUUGAUAAUGAUAUGUUAAAUGAACAACCACAUACAAAUAUAGAUGAAACUGAUAUUAAAUUUUUAAAUAUUUUAAAUGAAAAAAACAAAAAAAAUAAUAAUAAGGAACAAGAAAAAGAAAAAGAUCAAAUAUUAAUACAUGAUUCAUCUAAUGAUAUUUUAAAAGAUAUACAUCCAAUCAAAACUGUCAAAAAUACUCAAAUUAAUAAAGUCGAUAAAACGAAAAUACCAAAAGAAGUCAAGUCAUAUCAAUAUACAAUCAUUGAUAGGUUCCUUCAUAUCAUCAUGACAUUUAAUAACAUAUCCUACACAAAUCUGGAAACAUUAAAAGAUGGGAAUAAUAUCUAUGUAUAUGUUUCGAAUAAAUCCGACGAAUGUAUGGCCCUACAUUUCAAAGAAAAAUUAAGUGAUAAUAUUAAAGCAUAUUUCAAUGAGGCCUUGUUAAAACUAACCAUAAGUAUAGAAUUGCUAUAUUGA